UUGUCGUCUUCAGCAAGUCAUACUGCCCAUAUUGCCAUAAGCUCACAUAAUGCGAAAUUCACAUUUUUCAAAUCUCGAUACAGAAGCAUAUCGAACAAGAAUAUUACCGACAGACAGCUAAUGAUUUUUCAAUCGAAUCUCAAGCCUAGCUGGACCCAUUCAAUUAAUGGUGCUCUUGAAUGGGUGGAGCUGGACAGUCGUCCAGACUGCAAUGAAAUUCAAGACUAUCUUGGAGAGCUCACUGGAGCACGCUCAGUACCAAGAGUUUUCGUCAAUGGCAUAAGUCUUGGUGGAUGUGACGAUACUGCUAGUUACGCUAAGAGCGGAAGACUCCAUUCACUUCUGUUGGAAUGCCAAGGAACCUACAUGUAG